AUGUCGAAUUUUGAUGAAUCAGAUUACAACGGCGGCGAUGAAUUAGAGAACAACAGCGGGGCUGAAUUAGAGCACAACAACGGCGAGAAAGAUUCAACCUCGUCAACUUGGGCGGAAGAAAGUGUUUCGACUUCGAACCGGGAAGAGAACAAUGGCGACACAGACGAUGAAAGCGGCAUCAUUUUGAAUAGGGUAUGGGUUUGCUGUCGUGAGGGCCACCGUAAGGAGAGAAUUGAUGAAAGCGAUCGAUUGCGUGGUCAUAGACCAGAGACGCGAUGUGGAUGCCAUGCUCUAUUCCGUGUUGCUCUCAAUCGUUCUACUGGGAGAUACACAAUGACUGCCUUCGAGCCUAAGCACAAUCACAAUCAACUUCAUUUAAAUGUACUCCUGCAUGUUUGUUGGAAGAUUGGGUACAAAAUAUUGACCUCAGCCACAAAGAUAAUGUUGGAUACGAUGACCCAUGUUGGGUGCAAACCUAGUCUAGUUUUGGACCUUCUGGAACAUCUUGGUGGAGGCAGUGCAACUGGCGUAUUGAAUAGGAAUGACGCGUACAACUACCUGAAAGGUGACAGGUUGAAACGGAUUGAAUCAGGGGAUGUGAAUACUUUAUUGGGUUUACUUGACGGGAUGAAGUUGAAAGACAAAACACUGGAAUACAAACACGGUAUCGAUCAAGGUGGAGCUCUAACAGGAAUACUUUUGGAACGACGCACCUACAAGACCAACAUAUGUUGUUUUCCAGUAGUGUUGUUCUCCGGAGUCAACUUCCAUCUGUGCACACGUUUUUUUGGAGUUGCUAUUAUGUACAAGGAGACGACUCAACAAUACACGUGGUUGAUGCAAACUUUGCUAGAAUUCAUGGGAGGAAAGCCACCCAAAGCUGUUUUUACAGAGCAAGACGGGGCAAUGCGCGCGGCCAUUAGGAUUGUGUUUCCUGAGGCAGCCCAUCGGCUUUGUUGCUGGGAUAUUUCACGUAAUGUUGAAUCAAACAUAAAAAAACCAGGCCGCUUCUCGACAGAAUUUUCCAAUUUAAUGAAUAUGCCUUGCUCCGUACCUGAAUUCGAAGAUAGAUGGUCUGCAUUGAUUGCUAAAUUUGGUCUUACAGACGAUCCAUACCUAGCUGAUCUUUACGAAAAACGCAGCUUCUUGAAUAGGAUUCGAAAAAGGUUUGAUGAACUGCAGAGAGAGUCUGAGGUUCAACCAAAAAUAUCUGGUAAAGGUUUAGUAGGCUGUGUUGAGGGCCAUGCCGCACGCAUCUGCACCAGAGCCAUUCUUAAACUUGUACGAGUUCAGUUGAAGGAGGAUGCAAACAUAAUUAUUAUCAGAAGAUCUGAUAUUGUAGGCCACCGGCAUACAUUCAAUUUCGAAGACCACAACUUCGACCCGACAGACGAUUUGACAGUCGUCGUCGAUUUGGAUAAGGAAGAAUUCCUAUGCGACUGUAAGAUGCUCGAAUCUGAUGGUAUCCCUUGUCGGCAUCUCAUAUGUUGCUUUAAGCAUCUGAAACUGAAUCAGUUUCCUGCUAAAAGCAUCAAUUCCCGGUGGUUUGUCGAUGUUGGCAAGCGGCUCACAUCUGCUUUCUCGUAUCAGCAGACGGACAACCUCUACACCAGUGGGCGUGUUAAGAUGAGGGAGGACGAGAUUGAACUUAAUAUCACACCGACUGACGAGGAUGAUGAAUCUUGUUCACAAUUACAUUCUGACGGUGAGGAUACAAUUCAUAAUGUUAAAUGUCCCAGAAAUGUGGCCGAUCCUUGUAAAAUUGUUUCAAAAGGAGGAUCCAUACGAAAGAAGCAAUUAUGCUCGUUUUGUAGGAAACCUGGAAAAAAGACAACCACUUGUGAGCUUAAUCCAAAAGCUGGUUUUUCGUCUCGUGGUAAAGUUAAUUCUAAGCAAUCAGCAAGUCGUUCCGACAAUGUGGGCAGCAGAAGCUACGUUCCCCAGUUUUCUCCAAUGUCAUCGGAGCACAGUCUUGCGGACAUGAAUGUGAUGUCACAUUCAAAUAUUCCUUACAAUAUGCUCCAUCAACGUUCUCAAUACCAGGAUGGAAGCAACGAUGACAAUUCUUACUUAACCCCAGCAUUUGUGGAAAGUGUUUAUCCAAUGAGACCACCAUGA